AUGCUUGUAAGGAGGCCCACAACAGAUGUCAUUCGAGCAAAGGAAUUGAGGAACAUGAUGUUGAACGCUCCAGGAGGUCAAGAAGCUAAGAAGGACAAUGCAGGUUAUCAGGAAGUCAAGAAGGAUGCUGCAAAAGGUCAAGAAACAAAUAAAGAUGCUGCAGGAGAUCAAGAUGCCAAGAAGAACAAUGUAGGAGCUCUAGAAACCAAAGAAGACAAUACAGUAGGUCAGGAAGCUAAUGAAGACUCUGUGCGAAGACAAGGAGCCAUGGGGGAUGGAGCAGGUCACAAAGCCACCAAGAACGGUGAAGGACUCAAGAAAGUUAAGGAAGGCCAAACUGUAGGAGGACCCCGGAUCCUAAGAUGGGACGACUCGGCCCGCCUCCCCUCCAUCCCGGACAUCAAUUUCUCCAUGUUCGUCCUUAGUGAGCUGACCAAACACGGGGAGCAGGUGGCGCUGGAUGUCCUGCUGGUGCUGCUGGCGGUGAUGCUCCGAGGGGCGGCCUGCGUCCCCGUCAGCCCUGCCCUCUCCCCAGAGGAGGUGGGUGAGGUGGUGCGGGUGAGUGGGGCGCGGUGGGCGGUUGUGGGUGAGGUGGGCGUGGUGGUGAAGGAGGCACUCGUCCACCUUCCCCAGGACACCAUGAGCCAGGUGUGGGCGCUGGGUCAGGCCACAGGUGCACCCGCCCUCGCCUCCCUCAUGAACACCGACCUCUCUCAACCGACUUCCCAGGAUUCGAACCUAAACCCCCGGACCACCAAAGCCAUGAUCCUCUUCUCCACCGGCACCACAGGGAUGCCCAAGGGUGUUAUGUUGAGCCACACCAACCUCCUCACCGCCUUCCUCCAGGGCAAGUACUUAAGUGGGCUGCGUCCUCCUGGGAGCCCCAGAGUGACGGAGAAGGUGCUGGUGAUGCUGCCGCUCUACCACGGUUAUGGCUACACCAUGAUGAUGAACUGUCUCGCCUCUGGGGGCACCGUCGUCCUCAUGACCAACUUUAUCCCUGAACACUUCUUCCACGCUAUCCACAAGUACAAGGUGACCUUCGCGCCAGUAGUGCCGCACAUCGCCCAGUACCUGAGCAACACAGCGGUCCUGGGCCAGUACGACCUCUCCUCCCUGAGGGCCUUCGGCUGCGGGGCGGGACCUGUCACCGCCUCCACCUUGGCCUCCAUCACUCAGAAGAGUGGCAAGGUGGUUGGCCGGGGCUACGGCCUCACCGAGACCUGUGGAACUGUUGCUUCGUCCUGGGACAACAGCGACCUUCCAGUGGGCUCCGUUGGCAAGCUUUAUCCCUACUAUGAAGGCAAGGUAGUGAGCUUGGAGACGGGAGAAAUGCUGUCCCAUCAUCAAGAGGGUGAGUUGUGCGUUCGUGGACCCUCUCUUAUGCUGGGCUACGCCAAGGACCCUCAAUCCACUGCGACAGCCAUAGAUCCGGAAGGCUGGUUCCAUACUGGGGACAUCGCAUACUACGAUGAAAAGAAUUUCAUCUUUCUGACCGACCGGAUUAAGGAUAUCAUCAAAGUUAAGGGGUUUCAGGUGUCCCCGGCAGAGUUGGAGAGGGUCAUACGAGGGGCGGUGGGCGUGGAGGAGGCGGUUGUGGUGGGCGUGCCCAGUGAGAGGUAUGGGGAGGUGCCCCGGGCGUGGGUAGUACCCGCCCACCACGCCCACCUCGACCCGGCUCACCUACAGCAGUAUGUCGCAGAGCGAGUAACCGACCUGAAGCAGCUAAGAGGGGGUGUGGAGGUGGUCGGGGCCCUACCCAAGAACUCCCUGGGCAAGGUCCUCAAGCGACAACUUAGGAGCACUUUCAUCGCCCUCAAGCCAAGCCCUGAAGCGCCUCAGGCCGGCAGUUGUGUGGCCGGGGGGUUGUGA